CUGGCUCUCCGGCGAGGCGAGGCUGCUAUACAUGCUCCCGGCCGGGCGGGAGGCUCGUAGACGCUCCCUGCUCGGCCCGGGCUCCUUGACCCUGCCGCAGGAGCCGGCGCACACGGAGCCGCCGAGCACGGGCCGCUCCGCGCGGGGUUCGGGCGCUGCAGUGGCCAGCCUGGCCCUUGGAAGAAGCCGAGCGCCGAGCGCCGCCGCCUCCGACGCCACUACUGCGUUGCUCCAGGUCCGGCCUCCCCGCCAGUCCGGCGGGGGGGCCAAGCCCCGGCCGCGCUCGGGAGAGUAGGAUGGGCGAGGAGGGCGGCGGGGCGACUCGCCGGCGAAGCUGCAGCAGGAUGGAGUUGAAUAGCAACAAUAUGUUGACUAAGGAGCCAGAGUGAAUAGCACCGGAAUUUUGAUUCUUACCUGCCUGGACUAUGAACUGAGACAUUGGCGUGGACUUUUCAAACCUUUUCCAGUUGACUCCAGAGCUGGUUGAACAGCCAUGGCAUUUUUUACUCCAUGGAAGUUGUCCUCUCAGAAACUUGGCUUUUUUCUGGUGACCUUUGGCUUCAUUUGGGGAAUGAUGCUGCUGCAUUUUACAAUCCAACAGAAGACUCAGCACGAAAGCAGUUCGGUGCUUCGUGAACAAAUACUGGACCUCAGCAAAAGAUACAUAAAAGCACUGGCGGAAGAGAAUAGGAAUGUGGUAGAUGGACCAUAUGUUGGUACGAUGACUGCGUAUGAUCUGAAGAAAACUCUCGCCGUCCUACUAGACAACAUCCUGCAACGCAUUGGGAAGCUUGAGUCUAAAGUGGAGAACCUUGUAAUCAAUGGCACAGGUGCAAACUCCACAAAUAGUACCUCCACUGCUACUCCCAGUUCAGGAGCAGCUGAAAAACUCAAUGUUGCAGAUCUCAUUAAUGGAGCCCAGGAACAGUGUGAAUUGCCUCCCAUGGAUGGCUUCCCCCACUGCGAGGGCAAAAUAAAAUGGAUGAAAGAUAUGUGGCGAUCUGAUCCUUGUUACGCAAGUUACGGUGUGGAUGGAUCCACAUGCUCCUUCUUUAUUUACCUCAGUGAGGUUGAAAACUGGUGUCCCCGUUUACCCUGGAGAGCAAAAAAUCCUAAUGAAGAAACUGAUCAAAAGACGAUGGCUGAAAUCAGAACGAAUUUUGAAUUGCUAUACAAAAUGAUGUCCAGGCAUGAAGAGUUCCGGUGGAUGAUGCUACGAAUAAGAAGGAUGGCAGACACUUGGAUAGAAGCAAUUAAAUCACUUGCUGAAAAACAAAACCUGGAGAAGAGAAAACGAAAAAAAGUCCUCGUUCAUCUGGGACUCCUUACAAAAGAAUCUGGAUUCAAGAUUGCAGAAAAUGCCUUUAGUGGUGGCCCACUUGGUGAAUUAGUCCAGUGGAGUGAUUUAAUUACAUCUCUCUAUUUACUGGGCCAUGACAUUAGGAUUUCAGCUUCAUUGGCAGAGCUCAAGGAGAUUAUGAAGAAGGUAGUUGGUAACAGAUCUGGCUGCCCAACUCAAGGGGAUAAAGUGGUGGAACUAAUUUACAUUGACAUUGUUGGACUGACUCAGUUCAAGAAAACCCUUGGACCAUCCUGGGUUCACUAUCAGUGCAUGUUACGAGUGCUAGAUUCAUUUGGGACUGAACCAGAGUUUAACCAUGCUCAUUAUGCCCAAUCUAAAGGCCACAAAACUCCAUGGGGAAAAUGGAACCUUAACCCACAACAAUUCUACACAAUGUUUCCUCACACUCCAGACAAUAGUUUCCUUGGUUUUGUUGUGGAACAAUAUCUGAAUUCCAGUGACAUCAAGCACUUCAACGUAAUUAAAAGGCAGGACCAGUCGCUUGUCUAUGGCAAAGUUGAUAACUUCUGGAAGGAUAAGAAAGCUUAUUUGGAUGUCAUUCAUACCUAUACAGAAGUUCAUGGAACUGUCCACGGGACAAGUACUGUCUACAUGCCCAGCUAUGUUAAAAACCAUGGCAUCCUCAGUGGCCGGGAUUUGCAGUUCCUGCUGAGAGGGACAAAGCUCUUUGUUGGUCUUGGUUUUCCAUAUGAGGGACCUGCCCCUCUAGAGGCCAUUGCAAAUGGAUGUGCAUUUCUGAAUCCAAAAUUUAAUCCACCCAAAAGCAGCAAAAACACAGAUUUCUUCAAAGGCAAGCCAACACUCCGAGAGUUGACAUCUCAACACCCCUAUGCUGAAGUUUACAUCGGGAAGCCUCAUGUUUGGACUGUAAACAUCAAUGACCUCUCUGAAGUUGAGAAGGCAGUGAAAGCAAUUUUGAAUCAAAAGAUUGAACCUUACCUGCCCUUUGAAUUCACAUGUGAGGGGAUGCUCCAGAGAAUGAAUGUUUUCAUAGAGAAACAGGAUUUCUGCCACGGGCAAGUGAUGUGGCCCCCAUUAAGUGCCCUUCAGGUUAAAAUUGCUGGGUCUGGGAAAUCAUGUAAGCAGGUUUGUCAAGAAAAUCAACUCAUCUGUGAGCCAUCCUUUUUCCAGCACCUGAACAAGGACAAAGACCUCUUGAAAUACAACAUUGAAUGUCAUACAGCUGAGUCUGCAAAUGAUAUUGUGGUUCCAUCUUUUGAUGAAAAGAGAAAACACUGUGUUUUCCAGGGUGAUCUCUUGUUGUUUAGCUGUGCAGGAUCUCAUCCAAGCCACAAAAGAAUCUGCCCUUGCAGAGACUACCUUAAAGGACAAGUUGCACUUUGUAAAGACUGUCUAUAGCAGCAGCUCACUUGACUUGAUGAAGGGACAAAAGAGCCAGUGGCUUAGUGAGAGCUGCUGCCAUUUCUUGCACUUUGGUACUGCAGGCAGAACAAUUGCUGAAGAGAAAAAUCUGUACCACGAUGGAACAGAAAAGUGAUUUUAAAAAAUCUCAAAUGAUUUAUAUUUUUUUUCCUAAGCAAGCAAUUCCAGUGACACAGAAAUCUCCUUAAUUUACUUAAGGAGGUAAAAAACAAAGUUCAGCAUUUUGUAAGGGUAAAUUAAGAGUGUGGGUUUCUUUUACCAACAACUCCUAAUGAUCAACAACUUUUCUGAAUAUUAUUUCCAGUACAAAGAAACAGACCUGGAAGAGAUUGGUCAGUACAGGAAAGACUAACACAAUCCUGGGUACAUUGUUCAUAGGAGUCUUCUGAAUCCUGAAUGGCUGGUGAACAUGGAACUACAACGGAACACAGCGACAGAAUAUCUAUUGGUUUUUAUCUCAUCUGACACAUUCUUCUUCACAUAGCUAAGCAAGUAGCACCAUUAACUGGUGGCUUCCUGAGUCGCAGAUACUUUUGGUUUGAUAAUGGAUUAUGAUUGUGCCAUUCAUCGGGGCUUCUAAGCCACAUAAGCGUAAUAUUUAAAAUGUAUGGUCUUGUCUAGAAUUAUGAGUGUACCCCUCUUUCCCAGUCCCACGAAGUUUUGUUGUAGGGUGGUGACUAGACAUACUGUUAGAUCACUGAAAAUAAAAUGGUGCCAUUGGAGCAAUAUUUUCCUCGGUAUAAGGUGGAGAAACAGUGACUGAAAGUUGAAAAUAGAAGUGAGGCAGUCAAAUCGUGCUGGUCUGUUUUUGACAGCUUGGGGAGAUUUAACAAGCUUUUAUAGGAUGGACGGACAGACAUGAACAAAACAAUGACUAUAAGCAAGUGAGACCUCUUCCUGAAGUCCUUAAUUAAAAGUAGGUGUGCUGCAGCAGGUUGGUAGUGUUACAAUUUGAAAUUAAUCCAGAGAAUUGAACUCAGAUUUGUUUGUAGAUCAGCUUUUGCUCUUCUUUUUUUAAAGGAAAAAGGGGUUGCUUUUGCAGCACAGCUGACAUCUUUAAAAGCACUGUUUGUGGAAGGCAUUGGAUAGAAAGACAUUGGAUAGAAAAUGGAUGCUUCCUCACUUUGAAGCUAAAAGCUACCACAGGUUGGCAAGAAAAAACUUGGACCAUUUUCAAUAUUAUAUCAGAGUACGAUACUUCAGUUAUUUGCUUCUUUCCCCUCUACCCUAAAUAUUACUUACUAUUUCUACUGGUGGGAUAAUUCACUCCUUUCUGUUCUUUUGUAAUGUAACUUAAUUCAUUAUUUGGCAUUCACUGUUUAUUGUGGGAAGCACUCAAGUAUCUUUUGACAUACCAAAGACCAUAAGGGAAAAGACCUCUCUCAAAUCAUUGAGAUAGAGUCUUUCUUUCUUUCUUUUUUAAGAACUAUUUCAUAUCAGCAGGGCAUAGCUCCAGAAAUGUUUGACAAGACUAAAAACUUUUAAUUGUAUGUGCAUAGGAUUAAAAAUUAGCAGUGGCUGGCCCAAAUUCCAGUAACUUGUGACUGGCUUUUGUGUGAUGUCUUGGAUUUCUGUAAUAGUUAACACUUGGAAUCUAGCCUUGUGUGUUAAGUUACCAAGCAGUUUCUGCCCCGCACUUGUAAGUACAUGGGAGCCCAUCCCUCCUUCCUUCCUUUUAAAAAUGAUCACUCUUCAACUUUGAUACCCUUGUUGGUGAUUGACUUUUUUAUUCUAAUGUGUUCUUUAUGAGGACAGACCGUCAUCAAACUAGACCUGGCAAUAAACAAAGCACUACCAAUUGCUGCUGCAGCAAAAAUGUUUGAGAAUAUAUGUGCUGUAAAUGCAUCUUAGCACAUUCAGAUUAGUUUGGCUUUAGUAACAGGGCCAGUUCCAAUCUAAUAUUUCUUCUCCAGAGAAAGAUAUAAAUUAAACAUCAAUAUACAAUUUUACAAAUCUGAUCAUUUGCUUAGAUAUUUUUCUUUCAACAAUAACAUAGAUUUUGUCCUCUAUUGCAACAUUUUUAAUGUGUUUUUGUUUUCAUACAUAGCAUCAAACGAACCCCAAGAGAAGGAUUUGAGUUUUGUUAGUUUGUUGGUGCAAUGAAUAACAUAGUCUUUCAGCAGGGGGUAUAUCUGUAAAUUGCUAGUUUAGACAUACUGUAUGUUGGCCCAAAAAAAAAAUGCUAUGUGGUUAUAAUGAGUGGCGGUGUACUGAGAAGGUAUAAUUGAUAACAUUAUUGUAGGGUGGUAUCUGAGUAAGCCGUAUUCAGAGCAGGCCACUGAAAUGAAUGGACUUAAGUUAUGACUAACUUCAAGUCAUUGGGUUUACUCUGCAUAUGACAUGGUCUCCCAUUAUUUCUUCAAGUGUUUUAUGAUAUCACUGAGAAUAGGAUCAGACCUUUGAUAGGCUCAUCCAGUUAUUUCAUAGCUGCGUUUUUUUUAAAUAACAGUAAUUGUGGAAGAGAAAUGAAUUUGUGUAUUAGCCUUAUUAUGGUGUUUACUAUGAAGACUUGGUAGAUGGUACAAAAGAAGAGUUUCAUCUAACCAUGUUGUAGUUAGUACAGGGUCAGUGGGCCUCACACUUUUUUAGCAUCGAAAUGUGGAAGCAAAUUAAACUUGUACCAUGAUCCAGGCUAUCUAGAAGGUUUUUCUUCAAACCUAUCUCUAUGGAUACCUUUAAUGAAGGACACAUUGAAAACAAAUGCCUUCAUAAUCCUCUGCCAGCAUAAAGAGCAGAUGGCAGGUGAUGAUUAAGGUCGUUUUUCAUUAAAGCCAGACAAACUUAUAGGUAUAUUUGAGGGGAAUGCCUUCCUUGACUGAAACCUGGACCAUUUUUUAAAAGUUCAAAUGCAGAAAUGUGGCAUUUCACUUCAGGAUUAUUAGGAGAUCUAAGGGGAUAAAUAGAAUUGCAAAUCAUUUUGGCAGGUUUUGGCUUUGGGUGUAGUGGGGUACAAUUCAUGGAGCUCCCUGAAGUCUAAAAUAAAAUGAAAGAACACAUCAUGCUAGAAGCAUCUUCAUAUAUCAAAAUUUUCCCCCUUAUUUUAUAAGUUUGUAACUUGGUAUUUUUUUUAAAAAGAAAUCUUGUUCUGAGAGAUCACCAAAACCUGAGAGAAGCAUUUACAUAAUUUAUUUUUAAAGAACUUUAACAUUAAAGCUUACCUUUGAAAGGUAAAGAUUGAAUACACUGUUUAAAAAUGCCAAUAAAAACCUCAUUUAUUUCAUAUAUGCAAGUUGAUUUGCACAUCUAUAAAUAGGUAUGCUUUUCAGUACAUUUCACCUAGUUUUGAUCAUUUGUCUCUCUUGUGGUUCAUAGAAGCAGUUGUGGUUGGGGGGGGGUUGGUUUCUGCAUGGCAGUGUUGAAGCACAUUCUGCUAAUAUGUGUGCCUUUUAUUUUAUUUUUUAUUUUAAAUUAAUUGUGUGUUUGGGAUGUGAACAUUGCCUGAGCAAUUAUAAUGGAACACUAAUUUGAGGAUUUAUAUACUUUCUGUAAAUAUUGGUAUGAUUUAUAAAGAGUAUUUUUUAAUAUUGGAAAAAAGACAAAGCAAAAGUACGUACUACAAGCUGCAACAACUCAAAGAGAAUGCUACCUAUUGAUAUUUGUACUUGAAUGUUUGUGUCUAAACACAAUGCGCUUAUAUAUGAUGCAUUAUCCAUGCUAAAUCUUAGUAAAGGAGGGAGGAGAGAAUAUAGUUAGCUAAUGCCCAUCUGCCUGAUCUUAAAUGGUUGGUAGUUUACUUUUCAUGUUCCAAGUGACAGGAAAUUGCUGACGUCCAAUAUCAAAGAACUAGAAAUGUAAAUUGGUAUGUACAUGAUUUUUCUCUCUCUCAAAAGAAUGCAGUUCAGUAUGUUCUUCUAUAAAUUACUAGUACUUCACUGGCAUGAUCUUUUGAAUAGGUUAUUUUCUUGUAGAAAAUGAAGUUCUUAGCACAAACUUUCGCAGGUAUGAAGGUGCUCCUGUUAAGUUCUUCACAUUUAGUCGUAUGUAAGGUUGACCAACAUGAGCACUCAAGAAGUUGUUUAGGGAGACAAGUCCCCUCCUCUUUUUCUUCAAAGGAGGUGUAAUUGCUCAUCCCUGUAGCAUCAGAGUGUUCAUGUCCCCUAGCUCAAGUUCACACAGCUACCAUGGCAUGCUAUGUGCUUCUAACAUUUGCACCACUCUUGUAGAAUAAGGAUUAUCAGAAGCCUAACACCAAGUCACAAGGAGCAGCCUAACCUCCUCAAGCAAGCAAGUGCACAAAGACUGGUGUUGUAUGGGUCUACCUAUGCACUUCCUUACAAAUAGAGUCAGAUAUACUACAGGAUAAAUUUAAAAGUGGUGACAUUUGUAAUCAGAGUAGCACUGGGCUUCCUUCUUUUUACAAAUUGCCACAGAGAAGAACCUUGCCUACCAACAUGACUGAACACUCGCAUGUUAUUUUGUCAGUGUGGCUCUGGUUAUAUAGCUGUCCAAUAUGGAGAAUUUUUAGUGUGUGUAAGUAGCCCCUAAAUCAAUUUCUCUGAAAAGUCUAUGGAAAUUUCCAUUUGUAACCGGGGAUAAAAAUGUAUUUAGCAUUGUAAUUAAUCAUUCAGCAUUUUAUACCUUGAUGGUACGAUGCCCACUGGUUGUCUGACAGGCUGCUUAGUUUUAAAAAAAUGGACUUGGGAGCAAUUCAGGGACAGUUCACUACGUUCCCCCCCCCCAAUAACUUUUGUUGCAAAAGUUCUGAGGCACACAAUUGAAUUAACUACAUAAUGCAGUGGCCUCCCCGUAAUUAGUGCCUUUGUUUUUGUAUUUUUGACAGUGAGCUUUCUAAAGAAAGAAUAGCCUUUAUACAGGUUCUGAAUUGAAAAGGGUGUCGUGACUGCUACAAAAUCACUGUGCAUUCGCAAUGGAUGUUAGUACUAGUAAUUGUGAUGGGUUAUGCCUGAAGAUUAUAAAUCUCAAUAGGUUUCAUACAAUACUAGAUCAUUGCUUCCAGCCUUUUGGGCAAAGUAGAGGCCAUUCAUAUUCUAGGUAACUCCUGUUUAUUUAGUGCAACAAGUGAAGAGAGUUAUUGUUGAGAAGGCAUUUAUAGGUGUUUUAAGCUGGUUAUGCAGUACGUCCUCUAGCUUUGAUUAUAUGCGGUGCUCUAGAUGGCUGUUGUCAAAUGCAACAAGCAAUUGCAAUUGUCAUGCAAGUUUGUUUGUUUUUAAAAAAAUUAAGUAUCAACAUGCAGAGUUGUCCAUAGCCCAUUAAUGUACUUAGUAAUAGCUGGUCCCUUGCACCCUUUGAUAAAAAUAUUAUCUUUCAUCCACAAUAAGAACCUUUAAAAAAAAAAGUCUUAUUCAAGGGAGGCAUCUUCCAACAAUCCAUCUUAAUCUAUCAAAUGGCUUUUUCCUUUUUAAAAAAAAAAAGCUGGGUGUUUUGCUGUUAACAGCAUGAUUAGGUGCUCUUUGAACCCAAUUCCCCUACCAUACACCUAAUAUGAAACCAUACAAAGAUGCUAUAGCAAUUAUUUUACUUUGAUUGGUUCUCAGCAGUUUUAAAUGAUUGGUGUGGUUUCCGCUUUGCUAAAGGAACCCUAUACACCAUUUUUAUAGACGGUCUUUUUGCUUAAUUUUUUUUAUCAAUAACUUUAGAGUUAAUAAAGUACCAUUCCAACUUAAAUUAUCGGUGCCAUCACAUUACAAUAGCAUAGGUACACAGAAAGAGACAUUUUCAAGGUCUUUUCUGCAUUCUCUUCCACCAGAACCACCUUGCAAGGAAAUUCAGGAACAGGUGCAUCCUUCCAACCCAGGCCAAUUUGUAUCACGUUAACCUUCCUUCCACAUGAAACGAGACUAAUUCAAAAUAACUGAAAUUACAAUCUCCUGCUUAUAAUGUUGCAAGAAUAAUUAGGCUUGUUCUGCAGAAAACUUAGUAAAUAGUCACUCAGGUGCUUGAACUAGAAAUUGCCUUAAGGCAGUGCUGUGGACCUGGUGGUCCUCCAGCUUUUACUGCAGUCCCAUUAUACCUGACCACUGCUGUCGCCAGUCAGUGCUGAUAGCAUUUGGGAGUCUAGCAGCACCUGGAUAGCAAGAGAGUGGCUAUUUAAGAAGCUUUGCUGAUGGCUAGUGCUAUUUUUAUAGAAAAAGAUGCUGGAACUCACCCUGAACACCUCCCUUGUUCUCUUAUCAUGGCAAUGGCACCCACCUGAGAGGUGCCAGAACUGAGUUCCGGCUGGGACAAAAAAAAUCCUCCUCAUGGCUCACAGUGCAGCUAGGGCUUUCUUUUUCUCACUUUGGAGCAAAGCUGGUUUAGGGAAAAGCACAUCAGAAUGCAGCAUUUUAUAUGAAACAACAGGGCAGAUAUGAAUUGCAGCUAAACAUGUGCACACCACUUCCCAAACCAGGAGUGUACUGGAUACAAAGUAAACAGGCCAAACUACUCUCACUAUGCUUAAGUGCAGAUAUUUUAACAACCACAGUUAAGCAGUCAGAAUCAAUUUAAAGCAACUAAAAUUACUGUCUAGUUUCAAUUGAGCAUUCUCUGUUGUUCUUUGUUUUACUAGGAUAGGUAGCAGCUAUUGUGGAGUGAAUGUAAAUGUGGAAUCAGACCACACAGCAUACAUGACUAGCAUAUAAAAUAAGAGCCUGAUGAAUCAGGCCAAUGGCCCAUCUAGUCCAGCAUCCUGUUCUCACAGUGGCUGAACAAGUUGCAUAUGGAAAACUAAUGCAGCAGGAGAACUUCAGACAUAAGACUCACACCUGCAGCAACUUCCACAUUCCAUCUGCUGUAAACAAUUGGGUUCUAAUGGCCAGUACUGAUCUCUUUCUCUUAUCUGUGCUUGUUUCUAUUUACCCCCGUCUCCUGGAUUUGAUUUCCAGUACCUUAAGCUUCUUAUACUGAGUCUAAUGCUUUGCUCAUGCUUUGCUGCUUCUUAUUCUAAAAUUUUCUAAAUCUCUUCUGGAUGUAAAAUUCCCAUAGUAAAGACUGAACAUAUUGUGCAUAAAUUGACUAUAUAACAGAGCAGGUAGGAAGGUCAGCCAAUAUAUUGCAAAUGUUAAAGUGUGUGUAUAUAUAUAUGUGUUAUGCUAUAGAAAUAGCAUAUACAAGAUGGAUGUACCUUAGUAUUAUAUCUUACCGAGUACUAUAUAUUCAGGACACUGAAUGAUGCUACUUAACUAUGCCCUGUCGUUUUAUAUUUAUAUAAACGAAUUAAUUUCCUUGGUAUUGAUGUGUACAUGAAGGUACCAGCUUUGCUUAACAAUCCACCAUUUGGAGUGUGUUUGUAUCAAGUGACCCCCCCCCACUACUACAAUUAUGAAAAUGACUUCUUAUAUUAGAAUUGGCUAUAUGCUGUAUAUAGCAGUAGGUGUUUAUGGGACACUUUGAAUUGCUAGUCCUAAUUAAACUUUUCCUUGAACCCAAUGCCACACGGCAAAUAGUUUACAAUAUGACUUUUCAAAGGAAAGAAACCUACCAGUUCCAAGGACUGUUUGCCAGGUGUAUGUAAAUUCUUUCACCUACAUAAUGCAUCGGUAACACCCGCCCCACUGAGAGGUACUGGCAAGCCAUGCAGAAGGCUUGCAUAGUUUACUGAAACCCGGGUUCUAAGCAAUCAACAAAACAAAGCUUACCUCCCAACUUAGACUUGUCCCAUUUUUUAGAACAGAAAGCAGUGAGUAGUACAUAUAUUCACCACUCUCCUGUUUCACUAAAAUAAGCUAAGCAGUCCACAGCCAGGGGUCAAGAUCACAACAUUAACAUUUGGCUAGUAAGAGAAACCCUUAAAAAAAGUAAGUAGUGGGUUUUUUCCAGAAGUGUGCAACAGAGAAUAGCAAGUCACUGACUAUCUCUAUAAAUAUAACAUUGAAAGUGAAAACAUUGUUUGUAAUGAGAAGUAAAGUGUUAGCUUCCGAGUUCUGAGUAUUGUUCAGCGGAGUAGUAGGUUAAGGUUUAAUAAGGAUUUUAAUCUGUUUCACGAGCACUGAUUAUGUUUUUUAAAACAAUACAUGCUUGAAAUUUUGUGCGGGGGUUUUAUUUCUUAAAUUGUGUUCCGUUAUAUUUUGUUUAAGCAGGUUGCUUCACAGCAAGUAACUGUAAAAUUAGAAGAUUAACAACAUGGGAAACUUAAAACCAAGGUGUAAAUAUGUCUGUAUUCUCAUGGCUGACAAUGCUUCCUUCCCCCACCCCCCACCCCCACCAACUGUUGUAGGGCAAACUAGGGAAAAUUUUAUUUUUCAAUAAACUUUUUCUUGUGUGA